AUGGAGCAAUCUGUGCUAAGCACUGAGUUUGUGACUAAUUUUGAAACAGUAGAAAAACAAGAAGAAAACAGGCUGAGAGAAAUAAUCACCGAAAACCCACUUGAUUUCGAUAGUUGGCAAGACUUAGUGAAGCACAUUGAAAGCUAUGUAAGAUUCAUUUAGAAAUCAUCUGAUCGCAAUGUAAAAAUCUAUAGAGAAAUUCUCAAAGAAUAUCCGCUCUGCUAUGGAUACUGAAGGAAGCUUGCUGACAUAUAUGCAGUCCAAGGAUUAGAUGACCAAGUUAUAGGUGUUUUCGAAGAAAGCUUAGAAUUUCUCCCUGUCUGCGUAGAAAUAUGGGCAGCCUACUGCAGCUGAAAGAUGAACAAAAACAACGAAGAAGAAGCUCGACAGUAAGUAUUUAUAUAAGCUUGUACUUAUUAUAGGUUAUUUGAAAGAGCUAUUACAGCUUGUGGCAAGAGUUUCAAGUCUACUUUAUUGUGGGAUAAAUACAUCGAAUUCGAAAAAACCAAAAAACGCUAUGAAAACGUAGGGAACUUAUAUUGGAGGAUUAUCCAAAUCCCUAAUGAAAAACUGCAUGACUAUUAUCACCGCUUCAAGCUCUUCAUGGAAGCAAAAGGCAGAAAAAUGGAGCAUUAUGGGGUCAGCCUGCCUCCACAGCCUGAUUCAGUCCCUGUUGACAAAAGCGAUCCUUGUAAAGAUAAAGCAGGUUAUGAAACAAAAGCUGAAAUGUAUUAUUCAGCUACUUGUGAAGUUUUAAGGCAAAACAGACUGACAGAAAUAGUAAAAGCUUAUGAAGCUACUCUUAAAGAAUACAAUAAAAGAAAAAAUUAUGAACUAAAUAUCAAGAGAACGUUUUUCCAUGCCAAAGCACUCGAUGAUGGACAAUUAGAUAACUGGAGGAAGUAUUUAGAAUUUGAAGAAUCUGAAGGAGAUCAUGAAAGAAUUGUGUUGCUAUAUGAAAGAUGCAUAACCCCAACUUGUAAUUAUCCAGAGUUUUGGGUCAGAUAUGCGUCGUAUAUUUAUAAGAAGUAUGGAGAACAACAAGCUAGAGAAAUCUAUGAAAGAGCAAAUACGAAAUUUUUAUCAAGAAGGGUUGGGAUGUUUAUAGCUCAAGGACAAUUUGAAGAAAAAUUAGACCAUUUUGAUGAGGCUAGAGCACUAUAUAAGCAUGCUUAUGUUGAUUUAGUCCCAGGACUUUUUGAUGGAUUAUUUAAACACUUGAAUUUAGAAAAAAGAGCAGGAAAUUUAAUAGAGGUUGAAAAGCUAUAUAGCCAGGCUUUUCAAUUUGCUGAAACUUCUACACAAGAUGUACUUAUUGCAUUUGUAUAUCAAAACUACGCACAAUUUCAGUUCUAUACGAUGAACAGACCUCAAAAAAUGAUUGAGCUGUAUGAAGAAGCGUUAUCAAAAGGCUAAUCAUGAAAAAAAAAACUGAUGAGUAAAUUACAGUAAAAUUUUAGACCUAUAAAAAUGGCAAUCGCAUGAAAAGACUUAAAUGAAAAAAAGAACUUUUUAACGCUAUACUGCAAAAAACUCCCACAGUCGAUUUUUGUCAUUCACUCUUCAAAAAAUAUGAUAUAUUAAUUAAUAGCAUUAAAAACUAAUCCGAUUAUAUAAAAUUGAGAAUCAAUACUGUAUGCAAUUGCAAUUAUUAAUCUACAUAAUUGAGAUAGAGUUUUAUCGCACCUUAGAGUAUUUUUUUUUCCAUUUAAAAAAUUACCCUAAAAAAUAACUGUAAAAGCUCCUGUUAAAUUUUAAUAAAAUAUCUGGCAUAUAGUUAAUAGAACUUUCAAAACAAUCCCUAAUAAGCACUAUAUAAUAUUAUCUACACUAUAUCUCUAUUUUCUAAAUUAUAGCAUCAAAACUUCAAAGUGAAAGCAAUAGAUAAUUUAAAAAUCUUAAAUUUACAGUCAAAUUUAUAGAUUUCAAAUUUACCGUAAUUUACCCAUUCGAUUCUUUCAUAACUAUCCCUAUCAAAAGUAUCGAGCAGAAAAUCGUUAUAUCUCAUAUAUAUUCAAUCAUUAUCUCAUCUAAAUAAUUCAGACGAAAGACUUAUAAAAAUCAAGGGAACGUAUGAAAAAGCUAUAUCAGACGAAAGCGAAGUAAUUUUUUAUUUCUUUUCAUAUUAAUUUUAGCUAUAUUUCAGAAAGCCAGAAUUUUUGAUCAAAAAUUAAGAAGUCAAUUUAAAAUGCUAUAUAUAGUUAAGCACAGAGGAGAAAGAAGAAAUGUGGAUUUUAUAUUUAGACUUUAUUAGGGAUCAAUGGAUGGAUAUCGAUACUGUGAGAGAACUAGAAGAAAAAUAUGCAGAAAAAUAUUAUUUGUCAGUGCCUUAUAAAACUUCAUACUCACAGCUGCUGAAUAUUAAAGGAGCAAGAGUUCAAGAUUCUGGUCCAUACAAAAGAGCAAAAAUAGCUAAUUAG